GCCAAAGCUCGCUAUUAAAGGCCAAUGGGCACGCAGAAUUCCCUUUGGCUCCCGCCCCCUUACGCCGGCAGUAUCCAAUCGUGUUUCUCCAUGCUGAGAUCAACGCCUAGGAUUGGUCAUAGGCAGAACCGGCGCGGGACCACCACGCACGGGCGGCGCACGGAGAUUUGUCCGUCACGUGCGCCUGCUGAGCCCCUCGCGGGGCCCGGGGGGCGGGGCCGCGGGCUGCUGCGCCUGCGCCGUGGGUGUCCUCGGGGAGCAGCUCCCUUCGCCGCCACCGUCGCCGCUGCCGCCUCCUCCUCCAUCAUCAUCGCACCCGCGUUCCGCUGUGGAGAUCCGCGUCCGUGUGCCGGGUGAACAAUGAAGCAGAGUUCCAACGUGCCGGCCUUUCUUAGCAAGCUGUGGACGCUGGUAGAGGAAGCCCACACCAACGAGUUCAUCACCUGGAGCCAGAAUGGUCAGAGUUUUUUGGUCUUGGAUGAACAAAGAUUUGCAAAAGAAAUUCUUCCCAAAUACUUCAAGCACAAUAACAUGGCAAGCUUUGUGAGGCAGCUGAACAUGUAUGGUUUCCGUAAAGUAGUGCACAUUGACUCUGGAAUUGUAAAGCAGGAAAGAGAUGGUCCUGUUGAAUUUCAGCACCCGUACUUCAGACAAGGCCAGGAUGACUUGCUUGAGAACAUUAAAAGGAAGGUUUCAUCUUCAAAACCAGAAGAUAAUAAAAUUCGUCAGGAGGAUUUAACAAAAAUUAUGAAUAGUGCUCAGAAGGUUCAGAUAAAACAAGAAACUAUUGAGUCCAGGCUUUCAGAAUUAAAAAGUGAGAAUGAGUCCCUUUGGAAGGAGGUGUCAGAAUUAAGAGCAAAGCAUGCGCAGCAGCAGCAGGUCAUUCGAAAGAUUGUCCAAUUUAUUGUUACAUUGGUUCAGAACAACCAACUUGUGAGUUUAAAACGGAAAAGGCCUCUACUUCUGAACACGAAUGGAGCCCAAAAGAAGAAUCUGUUUCAGCACAUAGUCAAAGAGCCAGCUGAUAAUCACCACCACAAAGUUCCACACAGUAGGACUGAAGGUUUGAAGCCAAGGGAGCGAAUUUCAGAUGACAUCAUCAUUUAUGACGUUACUGAUGAUAAUACAGAUGAAGACAGUAUCCCAGUUAUUCCUGAAACAAAUGAGGACAUCAUAGCUGAUCCCUCCAGCUGCAGCCAGUACCCUGACAUUGUCAUCGUUGAGGAUGACAAUGAAGACGAGUAUGCACCUGUUGUUCAGAGUGGAGAGCAGACAGAGUCGGCCGGAGAGGUGCCGAGUCCAGGCAGGGACAGCAGCAGCCCGCUCAUGUCCAGUGCUGUCCAGCUAAAUGGGUCCUCCAGUCUGACUGCAGAGGACCCUGUGACCAUGAUGGAUUCCAUUCUCAACGACAACAUUAACCUGCUGGGGAAGGUCGAGCUGUUAGACUACCUUGACAGCAUUGACUGCAGCCUGGAGGACUUCCAAGCUAUGCUGUCAGGAAGGCAGUUCAGUAUCGACCCAGACCUCCUGGUUGAGCUUUUCACUAGUUCUGUGCAGAUGAAUCCCACAGAUUACAUCAAUAAUACAAAAUCUGAGAACAAGGGACUGGAAGCUACCAAGAAUAAUGUUGUUCAACCAGUUUCUGAAGAAGGAAGAAAAUCGAAGUCCAAACCAGGUAGAUACAGAGACAAGCAGCUCAUCCAGUACACGGCCUUCCCCCUGCUCGCCUUCCUUGAUGGGAACCCCACGUCUGCGGUGGAGCAGGGGAGCACGGCUGGACCGGCCGAAGCGGUGUCCUCUGCGGAGAAGCCCAUAGAGGUGGACGAGCUCCUGGAGGGCAGCCUGGACCCGGAGCCGACCCAGAGCAAGCUGGUGCGCUUGGAGCCAUUGACUGAGGCGGAAGCCAGCGAGGCCACCCUGUUCUAUUUAUGUGAACUGGCUCCCGCAUCCCUGGAUAGCGACAUGCCACUCUUGGAUAGCUAAACUCCCCGGGCGCGGACUGAUGUGUAUAUAUUCAUCAAAAUGAUGAACUAUUUAUUUUAAAGUAUCAUUUGGUACUUUUGUAAGUUGCUUUGUUCUGUUCUAAUCAGAUACUGUGGAAUAAAAGCACCUUUCGCUUUCUCACCGCACAUUUUGCAGAGCUUUCAGGUGUUACUCAGCUGCCCAGGUAGUUUCAUGCACAUCAUUGGUGUAUUUUUCAGUUGUUCAAACACCAGUUUUUCUGCAGUUGUAGUAAUUUGGGUCUUUCUUUUAUCAUUGUGACCAUUAACCCAGUUAAACUUUUGUUGUUUUACUUGUUCCAUGUUGUUUGUUCAAGCGCAAGUCACUAAACUAAGAUUUCUUCAUGCUUUCUCUGUUUAUUUCCUUUAUUAAAUAUUUCUUCUUGGCUUCUUUUAAAAACUGGGAACAUAAAGUGCCUGUAUCUUGUUAAGACUUUGAUUUGUCUUGAUCCCGAGAAGUUCACUUCUGUUCAGGGCAGUGUCCCGCGGUCUGCAGGAAGGGCGGCGUGUGCGCAGCGCCCCGGGCUGCCACAUACAGCGCGGCACGGCCGUGUGGCGGCCAGGACUGGAGUCAGCCUGGCUGGAGGCGCGCCCGGUUUAAGUGGAAGUUUCUAGUGUGUGUUUUUUGAACCAUACUGCUUAGUAAAACAUAAGGAAUGUUGCAUACUUGUAUUUGUUACAGGUCUUCUUUGGAGGUGGUCCCGCACAAAGCAGUCUUGCCUUCUCUUGGGAAGAAGGUGGCUGUAAGCUGUGUCUCGUCCGUUGUUGUCUCAGUGUGAGUCAUAUCGAGGUCUUUGUGCCUCACCUGGAAACACAGGCUGUGUAAUGCAGCAAGGGAGAAUGUUUCUAAACUUCAUGUAUUUUAAAGUUGUGCUUUGUUUAAAUACUAUACUGGCUUGCUUUCUGUGUUUAUAAUAAAGAACUGAGAGAA